UGGAGGUCAGGCUGAGGGCAUUCUCGGCUUAUUUAUAUGGAAGGAGGCUUAUAUUUUGGAGUACGUCCAAGGAAGAAAGUGGUGAUAGUGAAGCUAGCGAUUCACUCUGUAACUGCCAUAUCUGGCAAUGGACCGAUUGAACAACGUUGGGAGAGAGACCGAGAGGGAGCUCGAUGAGAAAUAUCCCAACCGUCCCCGCAAUAAACACUCGACAUUACCUUUCCAUGACCUUUUCCUUACGCUUUUCAAUCCCCUAAAUGGAAACAAGAAGAGACCAACAGGACCUGCCGCCGCUCGCAAGAAGUUGGGACCACAUGGAGGACAACAGACCCUUUCCCCGCAGGAAUUACGGCGAGAUAUUAUUCAACGUUUCAUUUCACGAUGGAGAAAGGAAGUGGGGAAUGAUAUCUAUCCUGCGUUUCGAUUGAUCAUACCUGAGAAAGAUCGAGAUCGUGCGAUGUAUGGCUUGAAAGAGAAGACAAUUGGAAAACUGCUGGUUAAAAUUAUGAAAAUUGAUAAAAACUCCGAAGAUGGAUUUAACCUUUUGAACUGGAAGCUUCCAGGCCAAAGCAUGGCGAGUCGAAUGGCUGGCGAUUUUGCUGGUCGCUGCUACGAAGUGAUAUCAAAGCGACCUAUAAGAACAGAUGUUGGCAACAUGACCAUCCAGGAGGUCAAUGACAAACUGGAUGUUCUAGCUGCCACCAGUAAGGAAGAUGAGCAGAUACCUGUUCUUGAAGAGUUCUACAGAAACAUGAACCCUGAAGAACUAAUGUGGCUCAUAAGAAUCAUUUUGCGUCAAAUGAAAGUUGGAGCCACUGAGCGGACGUUCUUCGAGAUAUGGCAUCCAGAUGCAGAGAGCCUGUUUAGCAUAUCCAGCAGCCUUCGGCGCGUUUGUUGGGAAUUAUAUGACCCGAAUGUCCGCCUGGAGGCCGAUGAAGCACGGGUGACGCUCAUGCAAUGCUUUCAACCUCAAUUGGCGCAGUUUCAAAUGCAUUCAUUUCCAAAGAUGAUCGAGAGGAUGCGGCUCUCCCCUGACGAUCCAACGUUCUGGAUCGAAGAGAAGCUAGAUGGUGAGCGAAUCCAGCUUCAUAUGAUGUCCGACGACUCCAUUCCUGGAGGUAAAAGAUUUGGAUUCUGGUCACGUAAAGCAAAGGAUUAUACAUAUUUGUAUGGGAACGGAUUCUACGAUGAGAAUGGAGCAUUGACGCGACAUCUUAAAGAUGCUUUUGCAGAUGGUGUUGAUAACAUCAUUCUCGAUGGAGAAAUGAUUACCUGGGACCCAGAACAAGACGCACCAUUGCCCUUUGGCACGCUCAAAACAGCAGCUUUAUCAGAGCAGAGGAACCCAUUCUCGGCUACUGGCCAAAGGCCCUUAUUUCGGAUUUUCGAUAUCUUGUACCUCAAUGAUAAAGCCUUAACCAGAUACACAUUACGGGAUAGAAGACGAGCCCUUGAAGCCAGUAUCAAACCAGUCCAUCGUCGUUUGGAAGUUCAUCCCUACGAAAUCGGUAAUUCUGCUGCAGAUAUUGAGCCUCAGCUCCGGAAGGUGGUGGCAGAGGCAUCUGAAGGGCUUGUUCUUAAGAAUCCAAGUUCACCUUAUCGUCUGAAUGACCGCCACGAUGAUUGGAUGAAAGUGAAACCUGAAUAUAUGACGGAGUUUGGUGAAUCCCUUGAUUGCGUUGUGAUCGGUGGAUACUAUGGCUCAGGUAAAAGGGGCGGUGGAUUAGCAAGUUUUCUGUGUGGACUGAGGGUUGACGAAGCCCAAGUUCGACAGGGGGCUAGCCCGAUGAAAUGCUACUCAUUUCUUAAAGUUGGAGGAGGAUUCACGGCUCCAGACUAUGCGAAUAUUCGCCACCAUACCGACGGCAAAUGGAAAGAUUGGAAUCCCAAGAAGCCGCCAACUGAGUUUAUUGAAUUGGCUGGUGGUGAUGCACAGUACGAACGCCCUGACGUAUGGAUUCGGCCCGAUGAGUCUGUUGUUCUGUGUGUCAAAGCAGCCUCUGUGACUCCUAGUGACCAGUUUCGAUUGGGGUUGACAGUUCGCUUUCCGCGAUUCAAGCGGUUACGAAUGGAUAAGGAUUGGAAAAGCGCCCUGUCCAUUCAAGAAUUCAUGGACUUAAAGGCGAAUGCAGAAAGAGAGCAGAAAGAAAAGGAAUUCAAGAUCGAUAACUCCCGAAGAAAACGGGCGAAGAGGGCUGUCAAGAAACCCCUUACAAUUGCUGGAUACGAUGAAAGCAAAAGGGCCGGUUUUACAGGUCCAUCAGGGCAUGUUUUUGAAGGAAUGAAUUUUUUCGUUAUUACGGAUUCAGUUGAGCUGGAGAAAAAGUCCAAACUUGAGCUGGAACAAUUGAUCAAAGCAAAUGGCGGGAAAAUAUAUCAAACCCAUACAGCGGCACCUAAUACUCUUUGUAUUGCAGAGAGAAGAACUGUUAAGGUUGCAUCUGUGCAAAAAGUAGCAAAAGAAAGUAUCAUUCGUCCGUCUUGGCUGUUUGACUGCAUUAAGCAGAAUGAAAUUGACAAAGGGCUACCGGAUUUGUUGAUCCCCUUCGAACCGAGACAUAUGUAUUUUACGGUGAAAAGCCAAGAAGAAGAGAUAGCCCGACAUGUGGACGAAUAUUCAGAUAGCUACGUGCGAGAUAUUACCCCAAAUGAGCUAAGCAAGCUUCUUGUUUCGAUGCCCCUAAUCCCUAAUCUCCCACCACCCCACAUUUCAAAAACGGAAACCCAGAUACAAGAACGAGAAAGCACCUUCCAGGAGCUGCGAGGCUGGCUAUUCAAAAACCAAGUGCUACAUUUUGUCAAACCUCGAUCGGAUUCCAUGCUGUCGCUCCCUCUACGUCUUGCGUCUAAUCUUGCUCGAUUUGCGGGUGCUUCGGUGGCAAAUGAACUGGAGGACAAAAGCAUCACCCAUGUCGUCAUUGACACGGACAGUCAACCGGCUGAUGUUUCUGCUUUGCGCUCUGCGAUAUCGAAGCGUGUAGCUGCUGGGAGAAGAAUUCCGCAUCUUGUGACUAUUGCCUGGAUCCAAGACAGCUGGAAGGCAGAAUCAUUGCUAGAUGAAGAGCGGUUCGCUCCGACCGCCUAGUUAUGGUUGGUCAACUCCGUCAACUGGUUUUCUACGAUUGGUAGUUGGAUAGGGUGGUCGUAUCAUCCAACUACUUGUUCGUGUUGUCAAAUGGAGCUUGCUUGGACAAUAGAGAUCUCUAUUAACAGGGCUAUACGUAUUAUAAGGAUAAUAAUUAAAGGACAAAGGGGGCUUCGAUCUAAAGCAGGUGAUUGCGGGAGAUAUAUAUAUAUAUAUAACUAUACCUCAAUAAGCUACUCCAUUGUGUUUUUG